GCCAGCUGGCGAGGUCAUUGCCGCGGCCGGCCUGGCGGCCUCGCCCAGCCACUCCACGACGGCGCGGCCCCUCCCCGAGGCCCGCGCGGCGCAGGACGAGGCGUCUGCGGCGGCCUUCUACCCGUUCGAGGGCGGCGGCUUUGCCGCGGUCGGCAUGGAGACCUCGGCCAGCCACCCCACGACGGCGCGGUGCCGCCCCGACGCCUGCGCGGCGCAGGAUGGGGCGGCGGCGGCCUUCUAUCCGUUCGAGGGCGGCGGCCUUGCCGCGGUCGGCCUGGGGACCUCGGCCAGCCACCCCACCACGGCGCGGCGCCGCCCCGGCGCCUGCGCGGCGCAGGAUGCGGAGGCGGCGGCCUUCUAUCCGUUCGAGGGCCCAGGGUCCCUGGCCAGCCGCCCGCCCGCGCGGCACCCCCCUGAGGCUCACGCGGCGCCGGGGCCGUCGGCGGCGGCGGCGGCCUUGCAGCAGCCCUUCGAGGGCGGCGGCCGCUGGGGCGCCGCGGCCGGCGAGGCUCGCCUCGGCGCGGCGGCGGCGGCCGCGCCCAGCUGCGGCGUGGGCGCCAGCGCGGGCGGCUGCGGCAGCGCGCGGUGGGGCGUCGGCGAGCAGGUCGCGGGCGGCGGGGGCGCCUCGGCCAUCGCGGAGCUGCGCGAGAAGCAAGCCGCGCUACGCUGCGCCCUGGACACGGAGGGCGCGCUGCUGAGGCGCGAGCUGGACGCGCUGCACGGCAGGCUGCUCGAGGAGCUGAAGGCCGUCGAGGAGAGCGUACUGGGUCUGGGCAGGGAGCUGGUCAGUCAGACCGAGCUGCAGAACGAGCUCCAGGAGGAGCAGCGGCAGCUGCGGCAGCGCCAGCAGGAGAUGCAGGAGUCCUGGAAAAUGUCCGAGCUGCUCGGGGCGCAGCUGGCUGCGCCGGAGCAUGGUGGCGGUGCGCGCUCUUCAUCGCCUCCGUGCCAUGGCUCACGGCACAGUGCGACAGAGGACUUCUCGGGCCCGCUGGCCUCACUAGGGGCAGAGCAGGUCCGACUGCGCAGGCUGCAGGAGGAGAUGCAGCAGGCUUGGUGCGGCGCCGACGCCGUCGCCGCGCAGCGCCUGCGGGCGCUUGAGGACGCUAGUUCCAAGGCGAGCGAGUGGCUCGGACGGCUGGACUCUCUGGCGGCAGAGCAGGUCCAGCUGCGCCGGCUGCAGGAGGAGAUGCAGCAGGCCUGGUCCGCCGCCGACGCCGUCGCCGCGCAGCGCCUGCUGGCGCUUGAAGAGGCGAGCUCCACCGCGAGCGAGCGGCUCGGACGGCUGGACUCCCUGGCGGCGGAGCAGGUCCGGCUGCGCCGGCUGCAGGAGGAGAUGCAGCAGGCCUGGUCCGCCGCCGACGCCGUCGCCGCGCAGCGCCUGCUGGCGCUUGAAGAGGCCGGCUCCACCGCGAGCGAGCGGCUCGGGCGGCUUGAGGAGGCCAGCCUCGGGCAGGGUGAGGCUCGGGCUGCCCUGCAGAGUCAGCUGGAUCACCUGGGCCGGAGCGUCGUCGGCUUCUCCGAGGACCUGCAGCGCGCGGCCUUUGAUCCUCACGCCAGCCUCGCGGCGCUGCGCGCGGACGUGGCGGCGCAGGCCCGCCGCUUGGACCGCCUGGUCUCCACCAUGGAUGCACAAGUGACGAACCCGCCCCCGUACGCAAGCCUGAGUGCAUCUGGCGCCUCCAGGAACCCCGACACCGCUGCGAGUGUUGCGACCGUACCAUCCGCCAGCCAGCCCGCAGCCGCGCUGCUGCGCGCGAGGCCAAGGCUGUUGCCCCCUGACGCGAGCCGCAUCAUCCUCGCCUUCCGCGCCUGGGCGCAGGCCUGCCCCCUCGGCGGGCAGCUGGCGCUGGAGAGCGCGGAGCGCGGGCUGGGGCGGCUGUGGCUGGAGCUACGGGAACAGGGCUCCGAGCUGCGGGGGGUCACGGCGGAACUCGAGGGGCUGCGCGGCGGCCACGCGAGGUGCUCCUCCGAGCUCCAGGCGUUGCAUGGGACGGUGCGGGAGCAGGGCUCCGAGCUGCGGGGGGCCACGGCGGAGCUCGAGGGGCUGCGCGGCGGCCACGCGAGAUGCGCCUCCGAGCUCGCAGUGCUGCGCAAGAAGGCCGACGCAGCCCAGGAGGAGUUGCGACAGCUCCAGGGCCUCCGCGAGGUGGAGGAGGCGGCCGAGGAGCUGAGGGGCACCGUGGCCUCGCUGCAGGUGCUGCAGGCAGAGCACUCGAAGCUCGCGGCCGCGUGGAGCGGCGUGGAGGAGAGGGUGUGCGAGCUCAGCGAGCGCAAUCAGGGCAGGCGCGAAGCCGACGACAGGAUGCGGGCGGAGCUGUCCGAGCUGGCGAGGUCACACGGGGAGCUGCGCCUGGCGCAGGAGCACUCCAAGCUGGAACUCCGCAGGGCCGUCGAGGAGUCGACCGCCGACUGCGCCUCUCGCGUGCGCGAGCUCAGCGAGCGCGACCAGGGCAGGCGCGAUGCCGACGACAAGGUGCGGGCGGAGCUGUCCGAGCUGGCGAGGUCCCACGGGGAACUGCGCCUGGCACAGGGGCGCGCCGAGCUGGAGCUCCGCAGGUCCGUCGAGGUUUCAGCCGCCGAGUGCGCCUCUCGCGUGCGCGAGCUCAGCGAGCGCGACCAGGGCAGGCGCGAUGCCGACGAUAGGGUGCGGGCGGAGCUGUCCGAGCUGGCGAGGUCCCACGGGGAACUGCGCCUGGCACAGGGGCGCGCCGAGCUGGAGCUCCGCAGGGCCGUCGAGGAGUCGGGCGCCGAGUGCGCCUCGCGCGCGGAGCUCGCCCAGGCGCAGCUCGGCGGGGCCGCGACCGCGGAGGGCCUGGAGGAGCUGUCGAGGCGCGUCUCGGAGGUGGUGCUGGAACUCCAGGACCAGCGGUCCUCCCUCGGGGCCGCGCCCGCAGUGGGUCUGGAGGAGCUGUCGAGGCUCGUCUCGGUGGUGGCGCUGGAGCUCCAGGACCAGCGGUCCUCCCUCGAGAACCUCCGCCAGACCCUCUGCGAAGUGGCCGCCGAGUCCUCGAGCGCUCGCCUCGGGGCCGCGAGGCCCUCGGCGAGCGCCCAGGCUGCGACGGAGGCCGCCGCCGCGGCCCGACGGCACGCCGGCGCAGAGACCCUCGGCGAGGGCUCUGGCGGCCCCACCGGUGCCCCUGCGAGCCCUCAGUGGGAGCUGGUCCCCGCGAGCCCCAAGGGCGCCGCGGCGGAGCCCUGCGCCUCGCCUCCGCCCAGGGCGGCCCUCGCGGCGGGCGCCCGCGCCCGGGCGGCGCCCAGCGGCGGCGGCUGCGCCGAGGAGCGGCGGCGUGCGCCGUCGGGGGGCGCGGAGGGGAACCUCGGGCGCGAGCUGCGCGAGAUGGGCGCGCAGCUGUCGGGGGAGCUCGCGGAGCAGCGGGAGGUGCUCGCGGCGCAGCUGGCGGGCGCCCAGCGGCGGGCCUCCGAGGAGCUGGGCGCUCUGCGGGGGCAGCUGGCCGAGGCGGUCGGCGACGGCGCGGAGCUACGGCGGCAGGUGGAGUUCCUGGGCGCCCGCCUGGACGCGGGGGAGCAGAACUCCUCUCGCGGGCUGGCGCUGCUCCAGGCCGCCAUCGAAGGGCUGCGGGCCGACGACCAGCUCGCGGAGCGUCGGCGGGCCGCCGCGGAGCCCGGGCUGCUUCAGGCCGCCAUCGAGGGGCUCCGGGCCGACCAGCUCGCGGAGCGCCGGCGGGCGCCGCCCGCGGAGCCGGGCGCUGCGCCGCGGGGCGGCGGCGGCAGCGCCGGCUGGCCAGGCGCAGCGGCUCCA